UUAGCUUCUUUCCCCUUUACAAACAUCACCUAAAAAAGAAAACAAAUUGCUUCCUGGACAUUUCAUCUCACAAUCCAUUCACUGUACACAUACUGUGUUUUGUCGAAACACAACCUUGAUACAAUUAGGCUUUAUAAAGGCAUCCAAAAAAAACAAUGGAAAAGGGAUGAUUAUACCAUUAAGUUUACAUGAUGGUAUAGUCUUGGAGGAGAGCUUAACCAAAUUGUGAACACAGUAUGGACUAAUUAAAAGCACUUGAUUAUUGAACAUUGAAUCAGUUUUGAUACCUAUUAAUGAGUCAUGUUGCCCAAUAGUUUGAGAAAUCGUAAGUUUGGGAACGGUCAAUCUUCAUUUUCUAAUGUAAAGAUGGUUGUUUCUGACACUGCUAAUAAAAUUAAAAGACUUCCAUUAAAAAUCAAAUGUUUUAUGGUUUUUAUGAUGUUUGCAUCUGUUUACGUUUAUGGAAGUCUAAUAUUGUCAUUAACCACAAACCAUUUGAAUACAGACACAUUUCUGGAAACAGACAAAUGCCCUGCAUGCUUUGGACAUAGCAUUUGUGUUGCCUUGAAAAAUGACCAGAUUCGUUUUACUGGAUGGUCAAAAAUUAGACUGCUAGAUAUUGUUAACAUUAAAAAUGUACAUACAGCUCAACAUUUGGAUAACCAAGAACAAAUCAUCAUAAAGAAAUUAGGGCAUAAUAAAGAAUUUGAGAAUAUUGAUGAAAAGAUAUGUAAGGAUGCUAACAGACCCAAAGGUUGUGAUGUUGCCAGGGUUUUACAUAUCACAAACACUGGAGAUGAAAUCAGAAGACAAGGAUUACUACCAAAACAUUUAGAGAAAAUUAAUCACAUGUUCUCCUGUCCAACAUACAGUCUGAUAGACAGAGUACUGAAAUACUACAAAGAGAAAUUAACACCUACCAGUAACAUGUUAUAUACCAGGGAUAAAUUACAGAUAUAUGCUACAUCUCUAAUAAAUGCAGAACCAUUAAUGCUUCAGACAUUCCCAGCAGAAGAAGGAUGGCCAUUUCCAAAGUACCAUGGUGCAUGUGGAAGAUAUAUAGCUGUCAGUCAUGAAGGAGAACCGCUACAUAACUUCUUUUCAGAAACUUUUCAAAAAAGGGCUGAUAUUGCCUAUCAGAUAAUGAAGAUAGCUGAGAAGUUAAAUAAUGAAGGAAACCAAUUUGUUUUGUACUGGACAGAUUUAAGCCUGGAAAAUUUGGUUGUUGAUAGCUCAGGAAAAGUCACAGUUAUAGAUUUGGAAGACAUUAUUGUUGUUGACAGAGAGGCUAUUGCCAGAACGAAACCAAAAAAAGACUGGGAUGAACUUCACCAAAGUUCGUUUGAUGACUGUAAUGGACGGAACUGUUUAACAUUUUCUCCUGAUGAUUUGUGUUCACAUGCUAACUCUGAUCACAACUACUUUGCAGCAUGCAGAAAUAUUCUUUCAGAAUAUGCAAAUGAGCCAUCUCUUGGUUUAAUGGGAGGACUUCUACAUGACAUGCCAAACUAUGCAAAAGAUGACUGGGACCUACAGCACUUAUUACAUGAAUGUGUUCACGGUUCUACACCAGGGAGUAGGAUUAAAAUCAAAACUCAAUUAACAGAGGCUUUGUUUAAUUUACGCAAUGUUAAGGACAAAAAUGAUGCUGCCAAAGGGAAGAGGCUGCAUGAAUAAUUAAAGAAGUGUUUGAAAUAACUUCUUUAUAUUCCCAAUAAUUGUACUUAAUCGCACUUGAGGACAUUGCACAAAAUAAUAAUCAAGAUGUGUUA